AUGGUUGCCCGCCGCAACCCCGUCGUGCCCAGGCGCACGGUGAGCGUCGCCGGCUGCCCCGUCCAGACGACGGUGACCGCGCGCCCGGCUGUGGCGCGCCGCUGGCUGUACACCACCCUGUGGCGCCAGCGCCGCCGCCUCCACCAUCCCGCCGGCGGUCUCACCGUGGGCCUGGGCGUGCAGUGGACGCCGCCCUCCCGCCGCCUCCCCGCCGGCGUCGAGCCGCGGCCGGGCACGCUGCAGCUCUGCUGCGGCAACCGCUGCCUCGUCUUCCAGCUCGCGCGCGUCGGCGGCGGCGGCGCGGUGCCCCAGAUCCUCCGCCGGUUCCUGGCGGACGCCCGCGUCACGUUCGCGGCCUACUACGUAGCGUCCGACUGCCGGAAGCUGCGCGCGCACCACGGCCUGGAGGUGGAGUCCACGCUGGAACUCUGCGGCGCCGGCGGCACGGGCAGAGCGUCCAUGGCGGACAUGGCGGACAGGCUGCUGGGGAUCCGUCACGGGAUGGGCAAGCCGAUGAAGCUCAGCAGGAGCAGGUGGGACGGGGCGAAGCUGUCCAUGGAGCAGGUCCGUUACGCCGCCAUCGACGCAUAUAUCUCGUGCCGCCUCGGCGUGCACCUCCGCCGCCGUGCCGCCGUGCACGUGGCAGAUCAGGACGAUGAGUCGGAGGCCGGGUAUUCCGACGACGACGUGCGGUCUGCGACGAGCGAAGCGUCGGAGGAGCCGGAGUACGAGCACGGCGGUUGGGGUCGGUUCGUCGGAUUCAUAGAAAGAGUGAGCGGAGACCAGCAGGAUUGGGAGGCAUCAGUCGACGACCAUGUGUAUGAUAGUAUGUGCUCUGUCGUCUACUGA